UAUAGAAUGAGAUGUUUCCUUUAGCUGCACGCUUGUGGAAUGGUCUAAACACAAUCGCGCCAUCUUUAUUACCUAGAAAUGGGCAUUUUGUGAUGACUAGCUCCUUGUUUAGCUCGAGAUCGCAGCGAGCGCUAGCUGCAGUUGAUUUCGUUCGGUUGUACCACGAGGUGUAUCUUAACGAAGACGACAUGGAAGAGAAUUUCAUUAGAGGCUGGGGACCAGGCGGACAGAAAGUCAACAAAAGCAGCAACUGUGUUCAACUCAUUCAUAAACCCACUGGUAUCGUGAUUAAGUGCCAUGAGAGUCGGUCCCUUGCAAGAAAUAGAGUGAUUGCUAGAGAACUCCUAAAACAGAAACUUGAUUUUCUUUACAAUGGAAAAGAGAGUGCUGCUGGUCAAGCAAUUGCCAAGAUCAAGAAAAGAAAAGCAAGUUAUGCAAGGAAAAGAAGGAAACGAGAGCAAGCUGUUGCUGAAGGCUUGCAAAAUAUGGAUGAUGGACCAUCUGAUUCAGUUGAAGAUGAUGAUGAAAAACCAAGUGCAGGAAGUUGAAGGCAAACACAGUGCCAUUUGGUGUUUAAGAACAGAAUCUGGGAAUGGAUUAGCAGAUCAAGAGAAUGUUUUCUAAUUGGCAGAACAAAACCUUCUAGAGUGUGGAACCGGCCAUUAAUUUUAAAGACAGAGAAUAAGGCAGUCAUGUACGUAGACAAUAAUUAACUGCUUAUUCAUUGCAAGUUAACCCAGGCACAAUGGUCAUUACAAUUCAGUACAAAGUAGUACAUGCAAAUGCAACAUAAAAUAAUGGGCAUCUAUUGAAGUCCAGCAAAACAACAGAAAAAAUGUUUGGGACAUUUUCAGAGAAGAAGAAGAUUACACUGAGAAUCAAUAUACGGAAUAUUGUGAAACCAGAUUUUGGUUCAGGAGUAAAAUAUCAUGAAAUGUGUAACAUUCCUAGAAAUAAGCCAAAACAUGUCUUCACAAGAAUGUUAUAAUAUCCUUCUUUUAUACCAUGCCAUCGAAAAUACAGCAAAUUAGAAUAUGGGAAGGCCGUUGUAUACUCAUCAGUAUCACGUCCAACCUUCCCAACGUGAGCUGCAUGCAUGUUGGAUUGAUUGUGUUGGCCAUUGUAUUUUCUAUGGCAUAGUAUAAAAUAGUUAUGCAACGCUCUCUCAUGGUAUACCAUGGGAUGUCCCACUUGUCACUUGUAUUUUCUUGGUAUACACACUCACGUAAAGGCUCUUGCGUAGACCAAGAAAAUACAAGUUACUUGUGGGAUAUUCCAUGGUAUACCACUCGAAUGCAUUGCAUAACUACAAUUUAUGGAUAUCUGUAUAUACUGUCUGUCUAACCUUUCACUUCAAUGCCACAAAUUAAUGUCUCUCAACUUGGAUUAAAAGACGUUUUUAUUUUACAACUGCAGUACAAUGAUUUGAAUUUAAAAUAAAUACACCAUAUAUCAAAGCUGGUUAUAACUUCCAAAUAUAAAAUAUACAACCUUUUAAAAGAAGAAACAAAACAAUGUAUUUACGACAUGGCCAGGAUUAAUACUACUUUCAACAUAAGUUGAUAUCACAUUGGCAAGAAGUCUGUGGACAGGUUAUGAAUAGGCCUGUUCCGAGUUGCAAUAUGCUUCUGUGUCAAAACAACUCUUCAUGCAAAACCCUUCAUAUGAAAAUGUGUUCCCCCUACAGAAUCAUUUUUAUGGAAAUCAAACUCCUUUUCAUGUGAAAGGUUUUGCACAAGGACUCAUUUUCAAACAGAGCCACAAGGUAACUCGGAAAUGGCCUAUUGGGUAUUGGGUAGAAAAAGAAUCUGUGAGAGGAGCAAGCUGGAUGUGCUCUAGGCCAAGCAAAGUUUCUUGCAAACUGAUAAUAUAGAUUUAAAAUUUCUCUUCAAUAUAUAGAUAUUCCUUGGAAACUACAGGCUACUUGUGUCAUUACUUCUGCUUUUCAAGUUAUUCUCACCGCCAAAAGCUGCAUAUCAACUGCAACCAUUUAUAAAUACCUGACAGAGGUUUGAGCAGUUGCUUCCACCAGCUGGGCAGUCAACCAAUAAAAUUAAUGGCAUUCUUACAAAUUAUAAUGUUAAACAAUUUUUUAUCAGCUCUGACUAACUCCCUGGGGCUUCACGGUUCCCAUGCUUCUCUGACGCAUCCACGCUAAAAACUAGCAGUUCAGUUUUAUCUUUUCCUGUGACAUCCUUCACAAGGCACAUUGUCUGACUGGUUUGACUAGGUAGAUAAUUAAGCAGCUUUAUAGAAGUGCUGGAUGGAUCUUAUUAAACUUCUUGACAAUAGCUCUCAUCCACUGGUGAGU